CCUCCGCGCGCUCGUCUUCAGCUCUGCGCGCCUCUGUGGAUGUCAAGACUCGCCGCUGCGCCGCUCUCGAUGACCAGGGAGCAGAAGGAGGAUCACUGGGACGCACAUGGCUCGAUGACAUGAUGUUCCGUCCCUUCUCCCCUUCCCCCUCCACCUUGCUGGUUCCCAUUCUCCUCAGACUCUUCAUUCUCAUCCUUCCCUCGGCUCCUGCCUGGUCUUCUUUUUCCCACACCCCGCUAAGCUGGACUUCCCCUCAUGACCCCUGCUACCACCCUGAUGGUCGUCCUCGCCACUGCCUGUCAGAGUUCAUCAACGCCGCCUAUGGGGUCCCGGUCGAUGCGAGUCACUCGCUGCGUGUGCACGACACGGAUGGCAACGUCACCACCUUGACAGACCUCCACAAUCCUAACAACCUCACCUGCUGGAUGGCUCACGCGGGUCACGACACCGGGGACUGGGUCCUCACCCUUCCGCUGGGCCGCCGAUUUGAAAUUACCUACAUAAGCUUGCAGUUCUGCAACCAGGAGGAGCCCCCAGACCCCAUCUCCCUGUCUAUCCUCAAAUCGAUGGACUAUGGACGCUCGUGGCGGCCCAUGCAGCACUACUCCAGCGAUUGCGUCGUACACUUCCAGCAGCCCGCCCAGACUAUCGCCCAAACGAGGCACCAGGAGACAGAUGCUCUUUGUUCGGACCCUCGCCCCUUUCAGAAGCAGAAGGGAGGGGCGGUGCUCGCCUUCUCCGCUCUGGAUGGGCGGCCGUCCUCUCCUGAUUUCGACUAUAGCCCCACCCUACAGGACUGGGUGACGGCUACAGACAUCCGCAUAGUCUUCCAUCAGAUUUCCAAAAAUCUCAAGGCGGGCAGCUUUGAAAGGCCAAAAGAGGCGCCAAGGAAUGAUGGUGCAGGUGAUGCAAGAGGAACUGGAAGUCUAACGUGGAGAUCAGACGUCCAAAGUCACACUGGGGGUCAGAGAGGCUCUAUGAACAUAGACAAUGUGCUUCUGUUUUUAGACGGGAAAUCUAAGAACACUGACGUCAGCGAAAAGAAGUCAAGCAGUCAGAGUAGAAAGGGUCACCGAAAGGGGACAGCUCAAGACGAAGACGGAUACAAUGUGACCAGCAAGGAAGGAGAAGACCUUCUUAUCAUGGAUUCACUCGCUGUUCCAAAGAAAGGCGGAAAGGUCAGAGGUGGUGCUCGCAAAAAAGAAGAUAACCACUUGGUGUCUUGCCCAAGUGGGGGCUGUAAAUGGACAGUUGAGGGGCGGGGCAGGAAGAGCAAGGGGAGGGAACUGAGGAAGAGAAGGAACAAUAAUUUAAACACAAGACCAGGAGUCAGAAACCUUCAAGUGGUGCAGCCCCUUACCUUUGUCUCUCCUGUCCAACCUCCUCUAGCCAUUUCUGACCUGCAAGUCGGAGGCAGGUGUAAAUGCAACGGACACGCUUCCAGGUGUCGCCGUGACGACACGGGCCGCGCGGUGUGCGUGUGCGAGCAUCACACUGCGGGGCCAGACUGUGAUGUGUGCGCGGACUUCUAUGUGGACAGACCAUGGCAUCGGGCGACGCCCACUCACCCGAACCCAUGUGUUGCAUGCGAGUGCAACGGCCACUCUAACAAAUGCCGCUUCAGCAUGGAGGUGUUCCUGCAGUCGGGCCGGAAGAGCGGAGGUGUUUGCCAAAAGUGUCGCCACAACACGGCAGGACGCCACUGCCAAUACUGCCAGAACGGCUACACCCGCGACCACAGCAAGGCGCUCAGCCAUCGCAAGGCCUGCCAACCGUGUCAGUGCCAUCCCGUGGGUGCAGUGGGUCGAUGGUGCAACCAGACGUCAGGUCAGUGUUUGUGCCGAGAUGGAGUGACGGGCCUGAGGUGUAACCGCUGCGCACCAGGAUACAAACAGGGCAAGUCGCCUCUGCGGCCCUGCAUACUGCUGAAGGUGCAGGUGAAGGGGAUGGAGCGCUCCGGUCCCUGGUGGCAGUUCUCCAUCUCUGUGCAGGUCGUCUUCCGCACGCGCUCCCCCUCCCGGGUCCGCAGGGGCCCCCAGUCUCUCUGGGUCCCCAACCGGGACCUGGCGUGCGGCUGCCCCGCCCUCCACGUGGGCCGGACGUUCCUCCUGAUCGGCGCAGAGGACGGCGAGCGGGGCUGGGGCCCUGAGGAGAGCCGCCUGGUGGCGGACCGCUCCACCCUGGCCCUCCAGUGGCGGGAACACUGGAGCCCCAAACUCAGAGCCUUCCGGGGUCAGGACAAACGGGGCCGCUGUCCUUCUAAAUCUGAGCACGGCAAACCUAACGCAGACCCCCAACCCGGGUACGUGCCCCCUCACCUGCGGGGUGAGAGUGAGGCAAACGCACAUUCUGCGGAAGGGACAGAGACUCCGCCCACUUCUUCUGCUGCUUCUCCAGUGUGUUCGACUCCAAACGCCUGAGUUUAGAAACGUUUGUCAGCCACAAAAAAGACUUUCACUCUCCAGGUUUCAACACUAAUGCUGCGUUCACACCGGGCGUGUGGCGUGCGUUCAAGUUCACACCGGACCGUUGCUACCCGAUACUGGGAUGCAUACUAGCCCAGUCAUUUUUUUCACAGCUCUAUUCCGAUACAUGAAGGACUCGGUGACAUAAAAAGAUUAAUUUCUCCUCCAUGUUUCAAUGGUUGACACUUCCAUUAAUUGAAAAGAGCACUAACCCCGUCAACACCAAAUCUGAGUUCCUGAUUGGCCAAAGUUUGACUCAUUUACUAUUCAACGUGUGUUUGUACUUAGAGCCUGAAAAACAACUUAAAAAUGUGCGUAAACUCAAGAGUUAUGAACGUAAAAGUCUGUUCACGUGGACUUCAUCAGUGCUGGUUGCUUGAACACACAUUUCUGAGCCCGGUGUGAACAUAGCUGAAGAGUUUAGUAGGAACAAUCUGCUUAGCGUAAACAUGAAUGCUAACAUUCACUGACCUCAACGUAAAAGUGUUAAACCCCACCAAAAUAAAAGUUUGUGACUU